CCAAUCAACAUACACAAACAGGGAGGAGAAAAGAGAAUGCCGAUAAGGACACAGGGAAAGGGGCAGCGUGCCCUUGUCAUUUCCCAAAGUCUCCCAGCGGGAUCCCGGUGCCCUCUGCCCUUAAUCAAGAUGGCCGCCUUGGGGGCUCUAGCGCACGGUGGAAUAUGGCGGUGCUUCCGGUCCCGAUGCCCUCAGCGAAGAUGGCGGCAGUGGAGAAGCGGCGGCCAGCGGUAGCACCACCGGCUGGUUUCACGGACAGCGGCCGCCAGUCGGUAUCCCGGGCGGCGGGGGCGGCCGAGAGCGAGGAGGAUUUCCUGCGGCAGGUCGGCGUGACGGAGAUGCUACGGGCGGCCCUGCUGAAGGUGCUGGAGGCGCGGCCCGAGGAACCGAUCGCCUUCCUGGCCCACUACUUCGAGAACAUGGGCUUGCGCUCGCCUGUAAAUGGCGGCGCCGGGGAGCCCCCGGGCCAGCUCCUGCUGCAGCAGCAGCGCCUGGGCCGCGCACUGUGGCACCUUCGCCUGGCCCACCACUCCCAGAGGGCCGCCUUCAACAACAACGUGAGCGUGGCCUACGAGUGCCUGAGCGCCGGCGGGCGCAGGAAGAGGCCAGGGCUGGACGGACGCACCUACAGCGAGCUGCUCAGGCGCAUCUGCCGGGACGGCCAGGCCCCCGAGGAGGUGGUGGCGCCGCUGCUGCGCAAGGUGCAGUGCCGUGACCACGAGGCGGUGCCGCUGAGCGUCUUCCGCGCGGGCACGCUCACCUGCUUCGUGCUGCUGGAGUUCGUGGCGCGCGCCGGCGCGCUCUUCCAGCUGCUGGAGGACCCGGUCGCCGCCGUGGCCGACCGCCGCGUGGGCCAGGCCGUGCUGGACACCCUGGAGGGCGCGCUGCAGGCCAGCGACGCCGCCGCGCCCGCGCGCUUCCUGGAGGCCGGCUCGCGCCUGGGGCCCGACAGCCUGGCGCUGGCGCUGGACCGCGCCGUCGGGGGGCGGCGGCCCAGCGCGCCCAUGACCCGCGAGGAGUUCCUGGAGAGGGCCGCCGCGCUCUUCAUCGCCAAGGUCAAGCCGGUGGGCUGAGCCCCGUGCGCCGCGCGGAUCCGGGAUCUGCACUGGGGGGUCUCCGCGUGCUGGGCGCGCCGAGCCUUCCCCUCGCCCCGGUGAGGGCCUGCAACCAGGCGCCCAACCCUGCGGAGGAGGCCGGGGCUCCCAGGAAGCGGACGCCCCCUCCCCAAACACCUUCGCGGCCGCCUCUCCACCCCUGCGGGAGCCCCGGCCCCGCGCUAAUAAAAUCCGUUGCGAGGCU